GCUUGUCACCCAGGUCCCAAACUGUAACAGCUGCAACUUACCUACCUACAAUUACAACAACAACCAAACAUCACCGUCUAACCAGCAACCGUCCCACACGCAAUACCCGUCGCCUUCCUCUGAUAACAGCACCUUAAGGCGGCGCAUAAACAUAACUCUCUCAAUCGACUUUUUUGUCCAAUUAAUUCUGGCCUACAAGAGCCGAUCGGCUUGACUAUCAUCAUGGCUUCUAGGAAGAAGGUCCUCUUGAAGGUCAUUAUACUCGGCGACAGCGGCGUUGGCAAGACAAGUUUGAUGAACCAAUAUGUCAACAAGAAGUUUAGUGCCAGUUACAAAGCAACUAUCGGUGCUGAUUUCCUAACCCGAGAGGUCUUGGUCGAUGACCGACAAGUUACGAUGCAGCUUUGGGAUACAGCUGGCCAAGAGCGCUUUCAGUCGUUAGGCGUUGCCUUCUACCGAGGUGCUGACUGUUGUGUCUUGGUCUUUGACGUCAACAACUCUAAGAGUUUCGAUGCGCUGGAUAGCUGGAGAGACGAAUUCUUAAUCCAAGCUUCUCCCCGUGAUCCUGAGAAUUUCCCCUUUGUUGUGCUUGGAAACAAAAUUGAUGUCGAAGAGAACAAGCGAGUGAUCUCGAGUAAGCGAGCUGCGACAUUCUGUCACUCUAAGGGCGACAUUCCAUACUUUGAGACCAGCGCAAAGGAGGCGGUGAAUGUUGAGCAAGCAUUCGAAGUGAUUGCACGAAAUGCCUUAGCACAAGAAGAAUCAGAGGAGUUCAGUGGAGAAUACCAAGAUCCUAUCAAUAUUCACAUUGAGAACGACCGUGAUGGCUGCGCAUGCUGAAAGCCAUCGACCCUUAAUUUCACAGCAUCUCACCCGCCUCAUGUACCGUCUUGGGCGUUUUAUCACGGUCUGACCAAAGACUGGCCAUUACUCGCAGAUGAUUACGCCUUCUCAACCAUCGUUCGCCUCUUUGUAUGAAAGACUUGGUAUUUCAGGGGCUCUCUGGAACUAUUUACAGACUCGGAGCAGUGGAGUUUCAGGAACCACAUCCGUAAUGAGUGUAUAGAGCAGUUGAUGCAUCGCAUUUUGAGUUGUUCCGUUGGUACGGCACGGAACUGUAAAGUCGAGUCUUAGGCGUCUCAUCAAGGUUCACUGAUUGGGGACUCUAUCAAGGCAUUUCGAUAAUUUCCAGUUAGUAUUCAGAAGUGAUCGUCUCUUUUGUCAGUGAACUCUGAUAUGUUCUCAAUCUGUGCUUGUGACUUUGCCUACCUACCCAGGUACCUAUGUCGACUCAUUCUGUGCCGUCAGUCACCAGGCAUCAUCCAUGGAUU